GCUCGCCGCUCAUCACUUGAUCCUGAUAAUCAUGCAUCGUUGCUUCAGGCCUUGUAUGGUGAUGGGGAACGUUUCCUUUGCAGGAAAGCAGUUCUUAAGCCAUAAGCCUUAAAUCCAAUCUGUCUCGACCAGAACCAUUCUUCUCUUCAGAUGACCUUCUCCAAGCUGAACUGUAAUGAAGAACUAAACGCAGCAUGUCUGUGACUUUUGCUUCGCAGGUCGUUGAUGGGCUCUAUCUCGGGAACAUAAGAGAUGCUGAAAACAGGGAAAGCCUCGCUAAGAAUGGCAUCACCCACAUCCUGUCUGUGUACAACAAUGCAAAGCCUGUGUUUGAGGACAUGACUUACCUUUGCAUUCAUGCAGCUGAUGCAUCCAGCCAGAACUUAUUACAACAUUUCAAAGAGUGCAUCAGCUUCAUUCAUGAAUGCCGCUUGAACGGCGGAUCCUGUCUAGUUCACUGCCUUGCAGGUGUGUCCCGAAGCACCACCAUGGUGGUGGCCUACCUGAUGACCGUCACUUACUACAGCUGGGAGGAGUGUCUGUCCGCUGUCAAAGCUGUUCGCUCUUUCGUUGGUCCGAACUACGGCUUCCAGCAGCAGCUGCAGGAGUACCAGACCACACAGGUCCCAGAGUAUCGCUCAUGGCUGCACUCCAGCUACGGUCCCAAUCCGUUCCAUGACCAGGAGCAAGUGGGCGCUCUGCUCAGCCAGUACACAGAGCAGCAGGAGAGCCAGAGGAGAGGAGCCGACCAGCGCUGGAUCAGCCAGGGAGUCGCCGACUGCGCUCUUCCCUCCAAAACACAUCCUCCUGAAGGCAGCAGCUGAAGCCCUGCUCCUACAGUCACGCCAAAGUUGUGCCCAUCGCUGCCUGGAAAUAGCAGCACCUACUAUUCAGUGCUCAUUUCCAAAUCAACCCCAAACUGUGUUCAACUUCAUGGGAUGUUCUAAACGUCCAACUCCAAGUCAAGCACUUUGACCUUCUUUAUGCGCAUCUGUCCCACCAGUAAGGUUUAAGCCAUGGGCUUCGAUCGAGAAUCGUGCUCCAGCCUCAUAUCCACAGCCUGCCACACUACCCUGAAGCCAGAACACGAGUGUUGGUGCUCACAGACGCCUUCUUCUGAAACACCUCGACACCUUUAGCCAUAAUGAUUAACAGAUACUUUACAGUGUUCAGCUCAGUAACCUUCUAGACUUGACUCGUCAUUGCUGUCUUAAAGGAACAUUUUGCCUGCAGUGCAUUUUGCCCUCAUGUCCAGUGACAUUAAAUCACAUAUGAUAAUACCUGAUAAAUAUCUCAACCAAACUUUUAACAUGCAGUUGAACAAAUUGAAGUUAUCAGUAGAGAGCGUGGGAAAAGGGAAGGUUUGUGUGCUUAUUGGACAGACAACAGCAAAAAACAGUAGAAAAACAUGUCGUGUUAUCGAUUAAAUGAAUAGAAACAAGUGUUUGGAUCUAAAUUAAGAUUUUAAAAUCAACAUGCAUGCGUUUGUUUUGAUCCUGAAAAUGUAGUUUGUCCAUCCAUUUUCUAACGCGCUUGUCCUUUUCAGGGUCGCGGGGCGCUAGAGCCAAUCCCAGAGCCGGCACACAAUAGACAACCAGCCACGCACACUCACACCCAGGGACGAGUUAGAGUCGCCAAUUAGUUUAACACGAUUGUUCCUGUACCGUAGGAGAAAGCCAGAGGGAACCCACGCACACACGGGGAAAACAUGCAAACUCCACAGAGAAAGGCCCCGAGCCUUCGGUUGAACCCGGGACCUUCUCGCUGUGAGGCAAGAAUGCUAAUCACUGCUCCACCGUGCGGCCCGAUGUAUAUCUUAAUACAGUAAUUACUAUUGAUCUGGUUCAAAUGUGGUUCACAUACAAUGACAGUGAUUCAGUAAUUAUUUAAAAUUGAACUCAGAAUAAUAGAAGGGGCCAGACGAGGCGUCCCGACUCACACUGCCAGGCUGACAUCUGUUUGUAAAGUUUUAAACGUUUUCGUAUCAAAGCACAAGGGGACAUUGACCACAAUAAAACCAUCUUCAUAUAAAAUCCAUGUAUUUCAGAGUCAUUACAUAUGAACUGCAAUAUUUAGAUUCUGUUCAUCUUUGAGGAAUAUUCCAACCUGUGUGCAAAACAUCUGCCAUGAGAUCCAAAGUCAUCGAUGCACAUUAAACCACAACACAUGAAAAAAAUUAAAUAUGAAAGCAGCAAAAUUGUUCUAGACAUUAUCAGAGCUGCUUUUCUUAUUCUUGCAAGCAGUUGGUGACACAUCCGUUUGACGUGUGUGAGAAACAUUCGCAGCUCCUCAUCAGCUAAUGUCCCCAAAACAAGAGGGAGAAGUUGGAAAGUCGGUUUGGCAAAAUGUUCAUUUAAGUCCGACACAUCUGUGAUGCUACUUAAGCUGAUGCUGAGGUUAAACAACUACUUCUCAUGAAGGAUCUCUGAAUGCGUAAGUCUUCCUGAUGUGAAUGAAGCUCUGCUUUAACAUUGUAUUGUGAUGAAGAAGAAUUUUUUUAAGGAAUUUCUGUUCAAAUCAGGGGUGCAGUCAAUUAUUUUAACUGUAUUUAUGUUUUGGUUGUUUGUGUUUUAUAAUAAAACGCAGUGACUGACUAAAAAUGGAAUUGCUCAUAAAUCUGUAUCUUCAACACUGAGAAAUGAAGAGUAAAUUGGUGUAUUUUAGAAGUCAUUUUUUGGAUGGGCCCAAAGACUUUUAAAUCAGGAAACAAUUGUAGAGCACUUGAAUGCAAACUAAUCACAGUUGCUGUUAAAAAAAAAAAUAAAUAAAUAAAAGUGCUGUAGGCCUUAGGAUACAGAUUCAGUUUCAAACCCCUAUCAAUAUCAGUUGUUCAUUUUUUGCCUACAGAGAAUACUUUAAAGCCAGCUAGUGGAAGAAAGAAGUUUUCAGAGAAUCCAUUCAUGGUUUUGACUUUUUUUCAAGGUAAAAGUCUAAUGUUGAAUUGUUCAAUGUGAAUUAUUCUUGGAUAUUAGUUUACAAAUGUAUUGGUUAUGGAUUAUAGGUAAAGACCAGGUGUAACUGUCUGCUGAAUCAUUUCUAUUGCUUCUUCUACAUUAUUCCACCAACCAACUGGACAAAACACAUGAAAUAAAUGUAGCCUUUAAGAUCUUAAAAAAAAAACUACUGACUCUCUCACAUGGAGGGUUAAACUCAAUAUUUCUAUCUCAAUAGUAGGAUGUUUAUAAUUUCUGUUUUAUGUCUUACAGUAAAAUUUACAACUUAAUGCUACAUUUAUGUUUUCCGGUGUGCUUCUCUAAUAUUUCUGACUGAAGCCCGAUUGGUAUAUCCUACUGAAUGAAGUGUGUGUGUGUGUGUGUGUG